CAGCAACUAGAUCCGGGUCCACGGUCGGGAGCAGCUGACACUGUCCGGAGCGAGUGAAACUGACACAGUGAGAGGUUACAAUGUAGCGGAACGCGCUGACUGGACGCAGCGGGUGUGAAUGGGUCUGAAGAUAAGGCCUGAGAAGCACGGACAACUCUUUGGUUUGUGAAUCUUUCAGAAGCAGCCAAUGGCUGCAAUCAGUUUCCCGUUGGGGAAAGGAGUGAAGCGGAAAGGCCACGAGGAUGAUGGGCAGACUGCAGCAGAAUGCACCCCACAAACCUUCCACUGCGGCACGCUGCUAGACAUCUCGCUGCUUAAAUUGCAUCAGAACUGUGUUCUGGCUGAGCGCAACCUACACCGCUCAGUGCUGAUCGCCAAUACCCUGCGCAGGCUGCAAGCGGAGAUCCACUGGGAGAAUGGCCGCAAUGAGAUGCUCAACGAGAUGCCACUGCAGCCACCUAAGCAACCCACCAGCGGUACCAACCAACCUGUCUCCAAGAUGGGAGAGGAGAUAACUGACCUAAACAACAACCUUACCAGGGCACCAUCGCCGAGCCUCACGGAGGCACCCUUCUGUCUCCUCUCUGGUAACGACAGCUCACUGUCCUCUGCCAUCUCCACCAUCCUUCAGGACCUGGACUUUGUGGAGGACCUGAGCCCCCCUCCAGGCCAAGCUCCUCCCGAAGAUGACCACCUCUUGCCGCUGAAGCCAGCGAGCCCGGAUCCCCGGGCGGAGCCCAAGCCCCCCGAUUCCAUCUUCGGGGCCUUUGAAAUUGCUGACUCGGAUGACUUCCUCAUCGACGGUUCUCUCGACGCAAUCUUUGAAGACAUUGACACCUCAAUGUAUGAUGUCCAGCAGGGCUUCCCCGCUGGGGCCUGUCCCACUAUCCAGCCCAUCAAAGCUUCACGAGGCACCCCUUCGGCAAAACCCCGCAACAGCCGGACAGACUUUACUGAGUUAGAAAAUCUAAUGGAUCUUCUUGUCGGUUGACACUUUGUGCAGGGGAUUUAUUCCCUUUUUAUAAACUUUUGGAAUAUUAACUGGUGUUGUUCCAAAACCCAAAAGACUUCGAUAAGAAUUCCCUGGGCUGCUGUUCCACCACCACCACACUCUUUCCCCGCCCCCCACAACUCUUUCUCUUUGCGGAGUUUCUGCCCUCUGAACAUUCUCCUCUAUAAGAGUCCCUACUUUAAAGCCACUGGGCUCAUACCUUUUCCCCUGAGGAAAAGACAGUUUUAGCUUCUGCUGGCAGACAAUCCUACACAUGGAUGGAGACUGGAUAUGCACACAGGGAGGCAAAGGAAUAAAAGUUUGCACUCAUAGAAUCAGAUGAGGUUGGGUAGGAGGAGACUCAUAUGAAGCAUGGACACCAGCAUAGUCCAGUUGGGCCGAAUGGCCCGUCUCUGUGAAAUUUCUGAGAUACUGACAGGAGAGGUGGUCUGCUCAUUACCUUCAUGUCAGAAGCAAAGUGAAUAGAGAGUUCGGUUGGGCUGUGGAAAUAGGUGCAGAUGACCUACUUGUGUGCAUCCAAGCACCACCAUAGUGGGAGGGGUAAUUAAUUGGUAAUAAGACCGAUUGCGAAGUUUCAAGAAGGCAGCUCACCACCACCUCAAGCACAAUUAGAGAUGGGUAAGAAAUUCUAUCCUUGUCAGCAACAUUCCCUCUAAGUUUGCACGCAUGUAGCUGUGCUGAGGGUCCAUGCACAGCAAUUGAUGUGCCACACUGCUUGCAGCAUCAAUUUCUAGUUCUGAAAGUUGCUGCUAUAUACGGAUCUCGGAGUUCCGUGCAGAAGAACAAUGUACAGGGAGCAAGGCAUGUUAGUGAAGUUCACAUCAUUAUUUUUCUAAAGAGAAGUUCCCCUCUCCCAUUUUCCAUAUUUCUAAUGCCCAGUUGAAUAGCUCAUGCCUAAUUUUAACUUUUCUGUAUGUAUGUUAAUACUGAGAUUCUGUACAUAUAAUGUGUGUAUAUAUUUUGUCCUCUGCAUGCCUUAGUUACUCCAAGUUGUUAACAUUUGAACACUUGCCAAAUGUCGACAAGGGUCUGGAUAAAGAUGCAAUGUCAUUUGAUCUAUUUAUUUUGCAAUGCUUUUUUUUUGCCUCUCCUAAAGGUGCUGACUCUCAAUGGUUAUGGGUUGCUCAUAACCAGAGUCUCUUUGAGGCACAUAUUCCACAGGCCCCAGCUCUUCCUGGGGUAUAGGUUUCAUAGACCCUGAUUCUCCCUGGGGUGUGGGCUCCACAGUGUCUGACAAGUUUUUUUAUUCCUCUCCCCUUGUUGCCCCUCAUCGAGGUGCUCUGCCUGUCACUGCCUGUUCUUUUUGACAGUGAUGGCACUGGUAAUAUUUUUCAAUGCUAUAACUUUUACCCAAAGGGGACAUGUCACAUGCCAUCUUCCUGUUGGAGGUGGGAUGGAUGCAGAUUGUUCUGGCACACACUGCGGGCAGAGUGUGCCAGCGUUAAACCUCAUGACCAACAGUGAUCCAUCCAAUGUAUUUAUUGAGCAGCCAGGCAAGAUUUUGGGGCUUAAUCUUGGGUGCGAAAGGACAUGGGCUCUGCUGGCUCUGUUCCUGUAAGGAACAAACACCAAGGAAUCAUGGAGACACUCAGAUUAUAACAGUGAAGCUGGGCUUUGUUCCCUUUCUUUAUCCCCUUAGUGCCCAGGCCCUUCCUGAAUCUGUUCACAUGUGGGUCAUUCCAGUCCUUCUUUCUUCCAUGCCUGCUUUUGUCAGCAUUACCUAAAUAACAAAAUUACACUGUGCUGCUUUUGAGCUAUACAGAAUUAAUUUAAGAACAAUAAACAUUUGCCUUUUGA